AUGCCUUCAACUAAUAAACGUACAAAACAAGAACAACAAUUAGAUGAUAACGAUGAUGAUAAUAAUAAUAAUAAAGAUAAAUUUCAAACUAUGCAAGUUGAUGAAUCAUUAAUAAAUAAAGCAAAAAAAAUAAAAUCAACAGAUAAACGAUUAAUUGUUGUUCUUGAACAAGCGAAUUUAGAAACAAUUAAAAUUGGAAAGGUUUAUGAAUUACUUAAUUGUGAUCGACAUAAAAAUCAUCUUUUAAAAUAUAAACGAGAUCCAAAUUCAAAUGCACGACCUGAUAUAACACACCAAUGUUUAUUAAUGUUACUUGAUUCACCACUUAAUCGAGCUGGAUUACUUCAAGUUUAUAUUCAUACACAUAAAGGAAUUUUAAUUGAAGUAAAUCCUCAAACUCGUAUUCCACGAACAUUUGAUCGAUUUGCUGGUUUAAUGGUUCAACUUCUUCAUAAAUUAUCAAUUCGUUCUCAAGAUUCUGUUCAAGGUGGUAUUAAAUUACUUAAAGUUAUUAAAAAUCCUAUAACUGAUCAUUUUCCUGUUGGAUGUAAAAAAAUCUCAACAUCAUUUAGUGUUACAUCGUCACAUCUUGUUAAUAUUCGAGAUUAUGUAAGUGAUGAAUGUGAAGCUGAUCAACCCGUUGUUUUUGUUAUUGGUGCAAUGGCAAAAGGAAGUGUUAAUGUUGAUUAUAAUGAAGAUACAAUAUCAAUUUCAUCUUAUCCAUUAUCAGCUGCAUUAACUUGUGCUAAAGUUUGUGCUGCAUUUGAAGAUAAAUGGGGUGUUCUUUAA